AGGACACCACUUCUCGGGCCUUUGCGACCGAGUUCAACAAUUUCCUCCAAGUCCCCCCUGGACUUCCGGCUACACCUUCAAAUAAUCCAGUUAACGCGCUCCGGGCCCGCUUAGGCCCGACUAAAGUAUCCAACCAUGUCGGCCACCACGUGCACCAGCGUCGCGGCCAUUUUCCAGACCUUCGUACUCUUCUGGCAGCCCCAGCAAUGCGAUCCCUCAUUCAAACGGCCUCGGGGGAUCUUCUCCAUGGCCUAGUCACUCCUUUGUACAACAUGAACUUCACGAUCACUCCUUCUCUUCUUUGGCGCCUCCGUUGGAAUGUAUUCCUUCGGUUUCGCCUUACACCCAAUCCUUAAACACCUUUACGACGCCAGAGUCGGAUCUUUGGGCAGAGGCGCCUCUGUCCAUUGCCAAUUCUGACUGGAACGUUUUACCUAUCGACCCUCCCCCGCUUUAUUCCUCUGGCUUUGACGGGGUUCACGUAACCGUCAAUGAUAUGGACUAUGGCGUUCCUUCUACUUUCGGUUCGCUUUCGGAUUCGGGAUCCAUCGAGCCUCGGCCUAUUCCUUCCUCCCUCGUUCCUAGCCCGUCUAACUCCCAAGACGGGCACUCGCAUGCUUCCCCUGUCUCCCAGAUUCCCGGUUCCGUCUCAACAUCUCUACCUAGCCCUGCCACCUCACAGGGUGAAGAUGUCCUGACCCGUGUGGACUCGUCUCGCGUUGAAAAACGUAGACUAAACACACUCGCGGCGCGGAGAUGUCGCCAGAGACGGGUUGACCGGAUGAAGACUCUUGAAGACGAAUUGGAGAGUAUGCGGAGGGAGAGGGAUGAGCUGAGACUCAAGGUCUCGAAAUUGGAAGGCGAAACGGAGGCUCUUAAGGGGCUUCUGACUCGAAAGAGCAAAUGAAGCUCCAGCGAUAUCCUUCUUUUUUUUUUCUAGCUGUUCUUUUAAUGAAUGAAUAUCUGUUUUGACGGCCA